UUGGAAUCUGUACCUGUCAACAUGUCACUGCAUUUAUGCUCAGGAAUCGAUAUGAGCAAAGACUGGAGUAUCAAAACCUAGCAUAGAUUUAGUGAGGUUGAUUCCCACCCAGGAGGGUGCAACUAACAGAGACGUCUUGCUUUGCAAAUUCAGACUUUCACAGAAUGGCUGUCUUUGACUUGCUCCCGUUGAGCCUUGUCACGACGCUGCUCGUUUAUUCCCUAAUUGUGAUCUUCCUGCUGUACGUCCUCGUUGGACUGGGAGGCAAAUCGCAACUGAACUACCCUCCGGGACCCACACCCCUGCCAGUUAUCGGCAACCUUCACCAGUUGGACCUGAAAAGACUCUACAAAUCUCUGGUUGAGCUGUCUGAGAAGUAUGGCUCGGUGUAUUCAGUGAGACUUGGUCCGGAGAAAGUCGUGGUGCUGGCAGGCUACAAAACAGUGAGGAACGCACUGAUUAACUACGCCGAUGAAUUCCUAGGCAGACCUGACGUACCAAUCAUGAACAUUCUUAAAGAAGGAUCAGGCGUGGUUUGGUCCAACGGAGAGCCGUGGAAACAGAUGCGAAGGUUCAUGCUCUCAACUCUGCGGGAUUUCGGAAUGGGCAAGAGGUCCAUUGAAGAUAAAAUCAUCGAGGAGGCUGGCUUCCUGGUGGAAAGGAUUAGAUCAUUCAAAGGUCAGCCAUUCGACACGGACGUUUUAACAAACUUUGCCAUCGCCAAUAUCAUCUGCUCCAUCGUUUUUGGAAACCGCUUUGAUUACGAUGACACGUCCUUCCUUACCAUAGGAAACUUGGUUCACGAAAGCUUUCGACUGCUUGGUAGCCCGAUGGUCCAGGUGUAUAAUGCUUAUCCUUUUCUGAGGUUUCUGCCCGGGAGCCACAAAGAGAUUUGCACACAUUUCACCAAAUUGAAGAUGUGCCUGAAGGACAUCAUUGAAGCCAAACACCAGGAGAUGAACGAAAAUGACAUCAGGAGCUUCAUUGAUACCUACAUCAAGAAGCAGAAAGAGGAGUCGGGAAACCCGGGCACGUACUUCCACGAGAAGAAUCUCCUGAUCACGACCAGCGAUCUCUUCAUCGCCGGGAUGGGCACGGCUGCCACCACAAUUCGCUGGGCCAUGUACAUCAUGAUAAAAUACCCCGACAUCCAAAAGAGAGUUCAGGAGGAGAUCGACAGGGUGAUCGGAUCGGAGCGGUCGGUCAGGAUGGAGGACCGCCGCCACAUGCCGUACACAGACGCCGUCAUUCAUGAGGUGCAGCGGUUCGCCAACAUUGCGCCACUGGGCAUCCCGAGGACCACGACCGUUGACAUCAACUUUCAGGGCUACUUCAUCCCCAAGGGAACCUACAUCAUUCCUUUACUAGCCUCAGUACUCUAUGAUGAAACGCAGUGGGAAAAGCCUGAAGUGUUCAACCCAGGUCACUUCCUGGAUGCAUCCGGCAAGUUUAUGAAGAGAGACGCCUUCAUUCCAUUCUCUACAGGGCGCAGGAGCUGUCCUGGAGAGACGCUGGCCAAAGUGGAGCUCUUCCUGUUCUUUGUGACCCUGCUGCAGAAGUUUGACUUGGUCGCCCUGCACGGAGCCGAACUUGACCUCACCCCUGUCGUCGGUGGGAUACUGAACCCACAGCCACACCAGCUGCGUGCUGUAGCUCGCCAGCAACACUGCUGACCAGGCCUGGCAUUCGCAGAGCCGGCCGGUAUCAGGACCAGUGGGAUUUUGUUGCACCGCAUCAAGAUGGGAUUCUAUGUUAAUUGUUCAUGGAGUGUGAGUGUCUGUAGAACCAUUGUUGUGCUUUCUAUUACAUUUACCCAGCUGGUUUAAUGACCAGAGAGGGGAUUAAAAUAGAGAGCUGAUGAAAAGAGGUACCAUUUUAGU